CAGUUAUAUAUAUCAGAGGUUAGUUUUAUGGAAGGUGGGUAGCAGGAAACUCUGUCAGAAGUGGUAAUUAAUAAGUUUGUAAUUGAUAGAAAUUUCAAUAUUAAAAAGGCAUCAGUAUCUCAUUCUUUAGCAGAAGAUGUUGAGUUCUCAUCCUUUAAAUUAGAUGCUUUGGUUCUUAGAAUUGAUUCUAUCUAUCUAAGCUAGCGACUUAGUUUCCUCUACAUAUAUUUGAGGAUUUUUGUUCAGAUUUACCAUUCCUCUGCUCCAUCUGUGUGACUUCAUCUUUUGAUCACUAAGGGAAAGAAACAUGAAUGCAUUAGCAGCUACAAGCAGGAACUUCAAGCAAGCAGCCCGGCUUUUGGGGUUGGAUUCAAAACUCGAAAAGAGUUUACUUAUUCCUUUCAGAGAAAUUAAGGUGGAAUGCACGAUACCAAAAGAUGAUGGGUCAUUAGCAUCAUUUGUUGGAUUCAGGGUUCAACAUGACAAUGCUAGAGGGCCCAUGAAAGGAGGAAUUAGAUACCAUCCAGAGGUCGACCCUGAUGAGGUGAACGCCUUAGCACAGCUAAUGACUUGGAAAACUGCAGUAGCAAAUAUUCCAUAUGGUGGAGCUAAAGGUGGAAUUGGAUGCGAUCCAGGGGAGUUAAGUAUCUCUGAGCUAGAGCGACUUACUCGGGUUUUCACACAAAAGAUACAUGAUUUAAUUGGAAUUCAUACCGAUGUUCCCGCACCUGAUAUGGGGACGAAUCCACAAACAAUGGCGUGGAUACUGGAUGAAUAUUCUAAGUUUCAUGGCUAUUCACCUGCAGUAGUGACUGGAAAACCCAUUGAUCUUGGUGGUUCUCUGGGUAGAGAUGCGGCCACCGGAAGAGGUGUACUCUUUGCAACAGAAGCAUUACUUAACGAGUACGGGAAAAGUAUUUCUGGACAACGGUUUGUCAUUCAAGGAUUUGGAAAUGUUGGCUCCUGGGCGGCUCAACUCAUCCACGAAAAAGGGGGUAAAAUCGUAGCAGUCAGUGAUAUAACUGGCGCCUUAAAAAACAGCAAUGGCAUUGACAUACCGAGCUUACUCAAACAUUCAAAAGAGAACCGUGGAAUUAAGGGUUUCGGUGGUGCUCAGCAUAUUGACUCGAACUCAAUUUUAGUCGAAGACUGUGAUGUUCUCAUCCCAGCCGCCCUCGGGGGUGUUAUUAACAGGGAAAAUGCAAAUGAGAUCAAAGCUAAGUUUAUUAUUGAGGCAGCCAAUCAUCCUUCUGACCCUGAAGCCGAUGAGAUAUUGGCAAAGAAAGGUGUUGUUAUCCUCCCGGACAUACUUGCCAACUCUGGUGGAGUUACUGUCAGCUACUUUGAAUGGGUUCAGAACAUCCAAGGCUUUAUGUGGGACGAGGAGAAGGUGAACAAGGAGUUGAAAACGUACAUGACGAAAGGCUUCCAAUCAGUGAAAGAAAUGUGCAAGACUCACAACUGCGACCUCCGCAUGGGAGCUUUUACUCUUGGAGUAAAUCGUGUUGCUCGUGCUACUAUUCUCAGGGGAUGGGAAGCUUGAGACAUGACCUCAAAAAGGUCAUGGUAAUAAAUUGUAAUAAAUUUUCUCGCAUCGGCAGAAAUUACUAGUUAUUCUAUUUUCCUAUUUUGCAGGAGAAGUAAAAGUUACAUAAUGCUUUUAUUUUGCUUCUGUUAUGAGGAUUUUAGCUUUUGUACUGGAACAAAUAAAAUAAAUAACAUUCUCUGGAAGCUGUGCUAUAUA